AUUUUUUUUUGUUUCUUGGUAGUGAGCUUUUAUGUGAAUUUUCUUUUGAUUAUAAAGAAAUUAUUAACAAAAAGAUGUUUGAGAAAAUGCUAUUGGGUGAUCGCCUUCCUCUUUCGACAUUCGUGGCGGUUUUUCUUUUGAUACUUUUAAUGAUUUACUUCAAAACGUGGCUAAGAUGUUCAUGGCUCGUAUUGAAAUUAAAAGGACCGACUGCUUUACCCAUUGUUGGAAAUGCAUUGAUUAUUGCAGAUUCAGCAAGAAUGGAAUACUUGGCAAAUGUUUGUCAUACACUGUUUGGAAGGAUAUUUCGCAUAUGGGUGUCAGUAAUUCCGGCAGUUAUGGUUUUAGAGCCAAAGGAUGUUCAAACGAUAAUAGGGUCGAGUAAACACAACGAUAAGAAUUUUUUGUACGCUCUUAUGCACAAUUUUAUCGGCGAAGGUUUGAUAUCGAAUAACGGUGAUAAAUGGAAAAUACAUAGGAAAUUAAUUCAACCCCAUUUCCAUAUUAACAUUUUGGAACUUUACGUUAAUAGUUUUUGUAAAAGCUCCUCCAGACAAGUUCGAAAAUUAAAAAACGUUAAAGAUAUCAACGUUAACACAUACGUAAACGAUUGUGUGUUAGAUAUUUUACAUGAAACAAUCUUAGGGAUUCCAUUAGAAGAUGCCGAAACUAAAGAAAAAUCUCCAUUUAGAAAAGGUGCAAUAACACUUCCCAUUCGAAUACAAAAGCCUUGGUAUUUAUUUGAUUAUCUCUAUAAGUUUACAACAAUAGCUCAAGAUGAAUUGUCUCAAAAGACUAAGCUUCAUGAUUAUACGAGAAAGAUGAUUGAAUUAAAUAAAUCCAUCAAAAAUGAUAGUAACCACAGUUUGUUGCGAAUUUUUCUCGACAUAUCUGAAAAUAAUCCACAGUUUACAGAGGAUGACGUUGUUAACGAGAUUUGCACAUUUAUGUUAGCAGGCCAAGAUUCGGUUGCAGCAGCUGUAGCUUUUUCGCUUCAUUGUUUGGCUUAUAACCAAGAAGCUCAAGCAAAAGUAUGUCAAGAACUUGAUGAAAUUUUCAAUGGAAGUGAUCGAUGUGCAGAUGCAAGCGAUUUAAGGAAAAUGAGAUAUUUGGAACAAUGCAUUAAAGAAACUUUAAGAUUAUAUCCAAGUGUUCCAAUUAUUGCAAGAAAACUAUCUGAAGAUGUUACAAUAGAUAAAUAUACUCUUCCUGAAGGUUGUAAUGUAUUCAUUUGUCCAUAUGCGACGCAUAGAUUAGCACAUAUUUAUGAAAAUCCAAAAAAAUUCGAUCCGGACAGAUUUUCACCAGAAAACCUGGAAAAACUUCAUCCAUUCGCUUUUAUUCCAUUUAGUGCUGGACCAAGAAAUUGUAUCGGAUAUAAAUUUGCUUAUUUAGAAAUGAAAGUUAUUUUAUCUUCAAUACUAAGAUCGUACAAAAUAUUUCCAUCUCACACGAAAUUUUCUAUUUUAUACCGAAUUACGUUAAGAGCCAAAGGAGGAAUUUGGGUUAGAUUCGAACCAAGAGAAGCAAUCAAAAAUAAUAAUAAUAAUUAAGAAAAAUUUUGUUAUUGAUAUUUAUGUUAUUAAUAAAAAGAAUGGGUUU